AUGAUGCCGCUGAAGGGUUGCCAAAGAAAUGAGUACUCCUACACCAUUUUGAUUCAGGGUCUGUGCGAGGCGCAGUGUGUAAGGGAGGCACUUGCGCUGUUGUUGAUGAUGAGGCGGGAUUGGUGCUCCCCGGAUUCGCACACAUAUAAGUUCCUGAUCGACAACCUAUGUAAGGAGGGCAUGGUUGGUGACGCCAGGAUGUUGCUUGAAGAAAUGCCUCAUGGAGGUCCGGUUCCAAGUAGGGAGUACAAUGCAAAGAUCAUGGGGUACUGCAAGGCAGGAAUGAUGCAGGAAGCAUUGGGGAUUAAGGAGCUGAUGGAAGGAAAUGUGUGUCGCCCAGAUGAUUGGACAUACGGCAGUUUGAUCCAUGGCCGCUGUGAUGGGAAGAUAGACGAAGCUGAACAAUUACUGGAUAGUGCUGUUAAAGGAGGUUUUACACCUACGGUUGUUACAUUCACUAACUUGAUUGAUGGGUAUUGCAAAGCUGAAAGGAUUGAUGAUGCACUCAGGGUGAAAAAUAAUAUGUUGUUGAGUAAAUGCAAGAUUGAUGUAAAUGUGUAUGGAAAGUUGAUCAACAGCCUCAUUAAGAAGGAUAGGUUAAAAGAGGCUAAAGAGUUGCUAACUGAAAUUUCGACAACUGGUUUAGUUCCGAAUGUGGUCACCUACAGUUCUUUAGUGAUGGCUAUUGCAAGACUGGGAAGGUGGAUUUUGCACUAG